UACAUUGUACUAAACGCUUCUGAGGUUCGGCCUAAACGGUAGAAACGAUCGCUCCGUAUCCUGGGUAUCCUGCUAUGUUAUUUGUUGCGUCUCAUAAAACAGAAUUUCAUUGCCAUCCUUAUUUUUCAACAUCUUUCCAAUCCUCACAUGACAUUUUCGUUUUAUUGCAUAGCUUUUAUUCAUUGCUGCAUUGCUCGGUAUGUAUCGUUCUUACGUUCGUCUACGCGGUGGAAGUGUAUUUCUUUUUUAAACACAUUUUCCUUAAAAAAUAAGUCAUUUCUUCCUCUACAGUAAUUGACUUUAUGUUUAUGCGAAAGCUAACAAUCCUUAAGGAUCAUAAAUUUCUAUUUGCAAAGUAAAGUUAGAACAAACGGUUUUGUAUAACACUUCAUACUGCUAUUGGCACAAAAGAUAAAAUACCAAUUUUUUGACCAAUAUUGCACUACGAAACUCCUGCUGUACUCACUGUCAAUAGUGUCUAAUACUAACAAAGUACACUAACUAGCACCACGGUGGUAUAGGAUCUUCGUGUGCAUCCUGCUUGGUUUGAGAGUGUAUUGUGUGCUUGUACAGUGUCCGUGUCCGUGUGGUUUGAAUGUAUGUGCCACAGUGCCGAUCGUGUGUAUCGUAUGUAUUACCACCACCAGCCUUCAUGCUCAGUCGUGUGUCCGGCAUUGUCCUUUGCGCAUCGUUUAUCGUUCGUUUUAUCCAUCGUUGUGUGAGCGUCUUUUCGUUGUAGAAUAGAGAACAAAAAUGCGUGAAGUAAUUUCGAUACAGGUAGGCCAGGCAGGAUGCCAGAUUGGGAACGCUUGCUGGCAGCUGUUCACCACCGAGCACGGCAUACAGCCGGACGGGCUGAUGGCACCUAACCAAGCGGUGGAGGAAAACAUGGCCGCCUUCUUUCAAGACACACGCUCCGGCCGGGUGGUGCCGCGCAGCAUCUUUAUCGAUCUGGAGGAGUCGGUGAUCGACGACAUCCGGAACAGCUCGUACAAGCAGCUGUACCAUCCCGAGUACAUGAUCAUGGGCAAGGAGGACGCGGCGAACAACUUUGCCCGCGGGCACUACACCGUCGGCAAGCAGAUCAUCGACCGGGUCGGCAACACGAUCCGCAAGCUGUCGGAGCAGUGCGACGGGCUGCAGGGCUUUCUGCUGUUCCACUCGUUCGGCGGCGGCACCGGGUCCGGGUUUACCUCGCUGCUGCUCGACCAGAUCGUGAUGGACUAUGCGAAAAAGUGCAAGCUACAGUUCGCCGUCUACCCGUCGCCCAAGAUCUCGACCGCCGUGGUCGAACCGUACAACGCGGUACUGUGCACGCACGGCACGAUGAACACGUCCGACUGCUGCUUCAUCAUGGACAACGAGGCGACGUACGAGAUCUGCUCGAAAACGCUGCAGAUCGAUCGGCCGCACUACACCGAUCUGAACGCGCUCGUGGCGCAGGUCGUGUCGUCGGCCACCGCCUCGCUCCGCUUCAAGGGCACGAUGAACGUGGACCUGAACGAGUUCCAGACGAACCUGGUGCCGUUCCCGCGCGUCCACUAUCCGCUCGUGUCGUACGCACCGCUCGUGUCCGCCUCGAAGGCGUCGCACGAGAGCAGCUCGGUGGCGGAGAUUGCGAGCGCGUGCUUCACCGCGGACAACACGAUGGUCAAGUGUGACCCGCGGCACGGCAAGUACAUGGCGUGCUGCAUGCUGUUCCGGGGCGACGUCGUGCCGAAGGACACGAACGAGGCGGUGGCAGCGAUCAAGAAGAAGCGCCACAUCAGCUUCGUCGACUGGUGCCCGACCGGGUUCAAGAUCGGCAUCAACCAGCAGGCCCCGUCCGUGCUGCCGGGCAGCGAGCUGGCCAAACCGAAGCGGGCCGUCUGCAUGCUCUCCAACUCGACCGCCAUCUCGGAGGCGUGGGCCCGGCUGAACCAGAAGUACGACCUGAUGUACAAGAAGCGCGCGUUCGUGCACUGGUACGUCGGGGAGGGCAUGGAGGAGGGCGAGUUUUCGGAGGCACGCGAGGACUUGGCGUGUCUCGAGCGGGACUACGAGGAGGUGGCGGGCGAUACGGUCGCCUCCGGGGAGGAGUAUUACGAUGAUGAUGAGUAUUAAUGGGCGCGGCAAGGCGCCGCGGUUGAUUGAGAACGUUGAACGUUACGGGGGAAGACGGCUUUUAAUAAAAUAAGAAUAAUUUUUGAACUGUUA